AUGUAUGGGAAGGUCAUUUAUAAGGCCAAUUCAAAAGCAUGGGUAACGCAAACAAUAUUUAAAUGGUUUACCAAAAACUUUGUGCCAGAGGUAAAAGAGCAUCUUAAGAAAAUCGGUCUUACGGAUGAUAGCAAAAUCCUUCUGUUAUUGGACAACUGCCCGGCACAUCCAGACGUUCACGAUUUUAAGGCUAAAAACGUUAUUGUAAAAUAUUUGCCACCGAAUUUGCAAAAACUACUCUCGUCAAAUAAUAGAGAAGAUUUUAAGAAAGAAUUUAAUAUAAAGAAAGCCCUGUGGUCCAAUGAUAAUGCUUGGGAUGCUGUUACUUCUGAAGUUUUGAAGAACGCUUGGAAUAAUUUGUUAUGCCCAGAUAAUGAAGGUAUGAAUAUAUCGAAUACGCACGUGAAUGUGGCACAAAUAAUCAAUAUUGCGGAUGACUUUACCACAGAGGAUAUAGAGACAUGGCUGAAAUGUGAUGAAAAGGCCUCCCAAUUUGCUGUUUUGUCAGAUGAAGAAAUUAUAAGCAUGGCAAACAGUAACUCAGAUGAACCUGAGCGAGACAAUGGAUUGGAGGACACUGAUGAAGACGAUGUAAUUGUUUCAGAAACCACUUUAAAAGAAGCGAUAGAGGCAUCAAGCUCAUUGCUGAAUUUCCUGGAUAGCCCUGGCUGCCCCGGAAUUACAGAGCAGGAUAAAAUUCAAGCUUAUCGCAUACAAGAAAAACUUAUAAAAGAAAAUUAUAAAUUGAAAAAUAUUAGACAAACAAUAUUACACGACUUUUUUAAGAAAUUGUAUUCUUCUUUUGCUUGA